UUUUUUCUUAAAACCAUUUUUUGGACAAGACAAGAUAAGCUGAGUCAUAUGUUAUCACUUGUCAAUUGUUUUUCUUUCUAAUUUCUUUGUUUUCUUUGUUCUCUUCAACUUAUAUAUAAAAUCUUAUAAUUAUUAUUAAAACUUUAAGGAAGAGGGAACAUAUAGAAUUAAGAGGGAGGUUUUUGUGUUAUAAUUAGUUUUUUUUUAUAUUUUUUUCAAGAAUUUUCUUGAAGGUUAAUUAAUGGCCAAGAUUACUAGUUUAAUUGGAUCUGGAAUUGUUGCAGCUACCAACCAGGGUUCCGAAUCUCAUUCUAGAUCCGCCACUGCAUGCCUCUGAGUAUUCAUUAGUAUUCAUUGAGGACCAGAGUGGAGCGAGGUUGGUCCUCACGUAAAGCAUAUCCCUGCUGUUGGCAAUUUGCAAAAACAAAUCGUUAGCGAUCAAAUACAGGUCAGAUGGAGUAGCACUGAGACAUCUUUGAAGAAUGACAUCUCAGCAACUGAUGUUAGAGGAUACAAGGGGCAUGAUAUGUUGGCACCCUUCACUGCCGGAUGGCAUUCUACUGAUUUGGAACCUUUAGUCAUACAAAAAUCCGAGGGUUCGUAUGUCUAUGAUGUUAACGGGAAGAAGUACCUCGAUGCUCUAGCUGGUUUGUGGUGCACAUCUUUGGGUGGAAAUGAGCCUCGUCUUGUUGCAGCCGCAACUAAACAACUCAACGAGUUGCCCUUUUACCAUUCAUUUUGGAAUCGUAGCACAAAACCUUCUUUGGAUCUCGCGAAGGAGCUCCUAGAUCUUUUUACUGCAAAUAAAAUGGCGAAAGCUUUUUUCACAAACAGCGGAUCAGAAGCCAAUGACACACAGGUGAAACUGGUAUGGUAUUACAACAAUGCACUCGGGAGGCCAGACAAAAAGAAAUUUAUUGCUCGAACAAAAUCAUACCACGGAUCAACUCUCAUUUCCGCUAGUCUCUCUGGUCUUCCUGCACUACAUCAGCAAUUCGAUCUACCAGCUCCGUUUGUUCUGCAUACUGACUGCCCUCAUUUUUGGCGCUUUCAUCAGCCAGGUGAGACGGAAGAGGAGUUCUCGACAAGAUUGGCUAAUAAUUUGGAAAAUCUCAUACUCAAAGAGGGACCUGAAACAAUAGCUGCUUUCAUUGCGGAGCCAGUCAUGGGGGCAGGAGGUGUCAUACCUCCUCCCGCGACCUAUUUUGAAAAGGUCCAAGCUAUACUAAAGAAGUACGACAUUCUUUUCAUCGCGGAUGAGGUUAUAUGUGGAUUUGGAAGGCUCGGGACAAUGUUCGGAUGUGAAAAGUACAACAUUAAACCUGAUCUUGUCUCUGUAGCAAAGGCUCUUUCCUCCGGAUAUAUGCCAAUUGGGGCUGUCCUUGUAAGCCCUGAAGUCUCCGAUGUCAUAUAUUCUCAAAGCAACAAGCUCGGUACAUUUUCCCAUGGAUUUACUUACUCGGGGCACCCUGUCUCGUGUGCAGUUGCCUUGGAAACACUGAAGAUCUACAAGGAAAGAAAUAUUAUUGAGCAAGUAAACAGAAUAUCACCAAAGUUCCAAGAAGGUCUGAAGGCGUUUUCUGAUAGUCCCAUAAUCGGAGAGAUAAGGGGAACUGGUUUGCUACAUGGUACAGAGUUUACAGAUAACAAAUCUCCAAAUGAUCCAUUCCCUCCUGAAUGGGGUAUCGGUGCAUAUUUUGGAGCACGGUGUGAGAAGCAUGGAGUGUUGGUACGCGUUGCUGGUGAUAACAUAAUGAUGUCUCCUCCCUACAUUCUUAGUUUGGAAGAAAUUGAUGAGUUGAUAAUCAAAUAUGGGAAAGCAUUGAAGGAUACUGAAAAUAGAGUAGAAGAACUCAAGUCUCAGAAGAAGUAAAAAAGCUCAUGAGGAAAAAAAGAGUGAAAAAAAUACAAGUCAAAAUUGUUUUGUAUAUUGUUAACUAGGCUUAUGUGUUGUUGGCUAACAAAGUCAUUUGACUUUCUAGUAACUCGCAAUAGGCGUUUGAUUAUUUUAAUUAUAUAUUUUUUUAAAAAAGUUUUGGAUGAAUAUGAAAAUAAACUUGAAAAUCAAGAAGUAUGAUUGAUUAAAUCAUGCUAAGAUAAGUUUAAGUUGAAUUA